AUGUAUAAUAAUCAUUUUGAACUGAUUGGAGAUGACCAUUUAGUGAAUUUUUUAAUGGAUUAGCAUCAGUAUUAAAUAAAAAAUAUCAUGAAGAUCAAACUUUGGUUAUGUUAAUAAUAGUUACUUGAUGUAAUCUUAACAUUCAGAUGAUGAGGGUAUAAAUUAACAAGAGUUCUUUUCUUCAUUUUAAGUACCAGAAUAGAGUUAAGAAAAGAGAUAAUAAAGGAAGAAAAAAUCAGAGGAGACAAUAUUGGCAAGCAAAUAAAACUUAAAGAAUACCUAUAUUAAUAAAAUAACAUCUCUAAUUUAAGAAUCUAAACCAAUAGUGACUCCAAAAUUUGAAAGGAAAGUAUCGACAAACACAGAUGAUUCAACAUAAGCUAAAUUAAUUAGAAAUAGAGAAUGUGCAAGAAAUUCAAGAAAGAGAAAGAAGAUUUAUUUAGAAUUGUUAGAAAAUAGAGUAAAUACAUUAAGAGAGGAAUUAGAGAAAUGUAAAAAGAUAAUUAAAGGUCAUAGUAGUUGUAUGUAAUAAAUUGGAUCUAAUCCUCAAGUAAUUGUUUUCACAUGAAUUUAGUUAUAAAACUUUUUUGUAGGUAGAUAGUAAUUGUUUGAUAAAUUGGAAUCUGCUGUAUAAAACAAUUAUGAUAACAAUGAGAUAAAUCUAUUACUUGAUUCAAUGAGAUUUAGAGUUGGAGGAGGAGGAAAAGAGAGAGUAAAUGCUUCAAAUUAUUUUUUGUAAUAAAUAUUGGAGAUUUCUUUUCCUAUUCAUGUUAAAUAUUUAUUAUGGUCUUCAGCAUCAAAUUUAAUUGAACCAAAUUGGUUUUAAGAUUUGAGUAGAGAAAUUAAUAUAACAGAUUCAUAGAUGAAAUCUUUAAAGAAAUCUUAUAAAAGAAUAUAAUCAGAUAAGGAAAAACUAGAAGAGUAUAAGAAUUUAAUUUAUUUCUAGUAUUAUUAAAUAAUUGUAAACUGUUAAAGAAAACCUUUAUUAGAGAACUAAUUCUUUAGAAAAUUUCAUUGAUGAAAUGAGAAGUAUUCUUACUCCAAUUUAAGUAGCUAAGUUUUUGUUAGGUUUAGAAAAAGUAAAUUAAUUUUAAUAUCAUAAUAGAAUAAGUUUCAAAAAGAACUUAAUAUUUCUAACUUAUGGAAAUAAUUAGAUGAUGAAUAUGAUACAGAAAUCAAAGAAGAAGAUUGUAAUUUUUAUGAUACUGUCUCAAAAAAGGUUCAAAUUUGA